AACAGGUCACUGGAUGGACUGUUAAGGCCUGAGUUAAGGAACUGCCAUGUUCCUCUGUGGAACUACACCCUACUCAGGUGUCAGAUAUUCCUGGUAUAUUUUAUUGCUGGGCUUAAGAAGUUAGACAUGGACUGGGUGACAGGGUACUCCAUGCAGAACCUCUCCAGUCGAUGGGUGUUUGAUCCUUUCAGAUUGCUGCUGUCAGAUGAUCAAAUUGAUUUGUAUGUGGUUCACAUUGGCGGACUGCUGCUUGAUAUGUUCCUCGGUUUCUUCCUGUUCCUCGACAAGACAAGACCAGCAGCUCUUUUUUUUGGCUCUUCUUUCCAUUUCAUGAACUCCCAGAUGUUUAAUAUAGGUAUGUUUUCCUACAUGAUGUUGGCCACCUUGCCUUUAUUUUGCUCUCCUGACUGGCCAAGGAAAGUUCUUCAAAGGAUUCCCUUGCCAUGUGGUCUCAAUACACCACAGCAACUACAGUCUAACGUGCACUGUGUGUACCCUAGAAAAUCACCAAAAUCUCACAAAGAGCAGGGUUCAAGGAUCCACCAUCAACUGUUCUCCGGUGUCACCGUCAUCUACCUUAUAACACAGAUGUUUCUACCGUACUCCCACUGUAUAACCAAGGGUUACAACUCGUGGACUAACGGCCUGUAUGGGUAUUCCUGGGACAUGAUGGUACACUCAUGGAACACUCAACAUGUACGCAUUACCUACCGCGACCUGGACACUGGAGAGCAAGGCUACCUGGAUCCGCAUGCGUGGGCUCCAAGCCAGAGUAACCGCUGGUCAAGUCAUGCUGAUAUGGUCAAACAAUACACAAUAUGUAUAGCUGAUCGAUUGACAGAGUACAACAUCACCAAUGUAGAAUUGUAUAUGGAUGUGUGGAGGUCCCUCAAUGACCGCUUCCAACAAAGGCUGUAUGAUCCCAAUGUAAACCUACUUACCACUCAGUGGGGAGCGUUCUCCGAGGUAUCCUUCAGCUUUCCCUUACUGAGUGACCUGUCGGACUGGAGACGGAAGCUGUCCGAGAUACAGGCAGAACUUUACAGUUUAUCAAACUACACAGAUGUCGUAUUUGUGGCAGACUUUCCAGGACUGACACUGGAAAACUAUAUACAGCCUGAUCUAGGAAAUACCAGCAUCACGG